AAUUAUUAUUAAUUAUAUAUAAAUAGAACGAAAAAUCUUAUUUAAUCAAAUUCUUUUCAAUCAUGGCCAACAAUGUAAACUUAUCACGGAUAUCCGGAUCAACGGUUGAAAAUCCUAGCCCAACAUCUGAUUCCGGUGUUCCAUAUGAUCAAUUUGGUCAUGGCCAUUAUUUUUCAAAGAAAACAUUCCAUAAACCAACUUAUUGUCAUCAUUGUACCGAUAUGUUAUGGGGUCUUAUUGGCCAGGGUUUCAUUUGUGAAGUUUGUAAUUUUGUUGUACAUGAACGAUGUUUAAAAACUGUAGUUUCACCAUGUUCAACCGUUGCCACCAAUGUGAUAAAGAAUCCUGUACCACAUUGUUGGACUGAAGGACAUUUAAAACGAAAAUUUUGUAAUGUUUGUCGAAAAAGAAUUGAAGAUCAAAGUGCCGUUCGAUGUGAAGUAUGUGAAUAUUGUGUACAUGUUGAAUGUCAAGAUUUUAGCGUACCUGAUUGUAAAGAAUGUGCCACUUAUGUACCGGAACAAGAGCUCAAAGAAGUUGUUCAAACUCAUCAUUGGAGGGAAGGAAAUCUUCCAGCUAAUUCGAAAUGUCAUUAUUGUAAAAAAACUUGUUGGUCUACUGAGUGUUUAGCUGGUAUGCGUUGUGAAUGGUGUGGUAUUACUGCACAUGCAGCUUGUUAUCGACAUUUAUCGAUCGAAUGUAAUUUCGGUUGGCUACAAUCAAUCAUGUUACCACCAUUUUCUGUCAGUAUACCACGUACCGAUGUACCAUUAGAAACUAUUAUUGGUGUUCAACGUAAAAAAGAAUCACAAACACCCCGAAUAUUGCCAGAAGAAACACCUGAAUUCGAUAGACGUGGUGACAAAGAUUCUGAUGAAUUUCCAUCGCCCAAAGACAAAGACAAAGAUGAAGAAACAAUCAAAGUAUUUGAUGGAAAUGCUUCAAUGAAGCGUAAAACUUAUCGUACGAUAACUAUAUCUAGAAAUGCUAAUAAAGAUCAAAUAGUAGCUGCUUGUUUACGUUCAUUUCAUAUUCAUGAUGAUCCUAGACAUUAUAUCAUAACAGAUGCUUAUGCUCGACCAGAAAGAGAAAUUUCUGAUUUUAUGCCCGUACAAAGCCUAAUUAGAACCGAAGGCAAAAGAUGUGGUCUAUUUUUUCGUUACAAACCACCCAACCCAGAUGAAGGAACGAUUCGUGUUUAUCCUGGACGAUUAAAUGUCACCGAUACUUAUCGUGUUAUUUCGGUAACAAUCGAUACUGGUGUUGAUGAAGUAAUGGUCGAGGCAUUAGAUCAAUUUGGACUUGAUUCAUCCGAUUUAAAUCGUUAUCGAUUAGUCGAAGUAUCGUUGGAGAAAGGAUGUGUUCAUGAACGAACCAUGGAUAAUAAUGAAAGUCCUUGGGCCAUAAUUAAAGGAUUGGCUAGAGAAUCGAUUCGCCAAAAAGAAAAUACUCGAUUCUAUUUACAACAAGUAGAUGAAGUUUAUUGUUCAAGUGUAGCCAUAUUUGUUGGUAAUCUACCGGCCAAUCUUUCUCAACGUCAUUAUGAACGUAUUCUUGUCGAGUUCCUUGGAAAACCAUAUAAAUAUCGUCAAAUUGGUCCAAUCUAUUAUGAAUAUGGUUCAAUGAUAUUGACAUAUGAUAAUGCCGAUAUCGCUGUCAAAGCUUAUUAUAUGUUAAGAGAAAGUGUUUAUGAUGAAAAGAAUUUAUUAGUUUUAUUAUUACCAAAUAUAAUGCCCGAAAUGGUUCCAAAAGGUGUUCGUCCUUUGUUGGUAUUUGUUAAUGUUAAAAGUGGUGGUUGUCAAGGUUUAGAGCUGAUAUCAUCAUUCCGUAAGCUGCUCAACCCUUAUCAAGUGUAUGACCUUGAAAAUGGUGGUCCAUUACCCGGUUUGUACGUAUUCCGACACAUCCAAGAUUAUAAAAUAUUGGUCUGUGGUGGUGAUGGUACCGUUGGAUGGGUACUACAAUGUCUCGAUAAUGUUGGUCAAGAUUCUGAAUGUCAAUCACCUCCAUGUGCAAUUGUUCCUCUUGGCACUGGAAAUGAUUUGGCUAGAGUUUUACGUUGGGGUCCUGGAUACACCGGACAAGAAGAUCCAAUAACCGUAUUGAAAGAUGUUAUCGAUGCUGAAGAGAUUCGUUUAGAUCGUUGGACUGUUGUUAUACAUCAAGAAGAAACGGGUCGUUCAGCCGAUCCUACCGGUGAACGUCAAUCAUCGAAUCAAGAAGAUAGUACAGCCAUUAUGGUUAUGAAUAAUUAUUUUGGGCUAGGAAUUGAUGCCGAUCUUUGUCUUGGAUUUCAUAAUGCUCGUGAAGAAAAUCCGGAACGUUUCAAUAGUCGAUUACAUAAUAAAGGUGUUUAUGUUAAAAUGGGCUUGAAAAAAAUGGUUAGCCGUAAAUCAUGGCAAAAUUUUAAUAAAGAUAUACGUCUAGAAGUGGAUGGUAAACAUGUCGUAUUGGAUUCAAAAGUCGAAGGAAUUAUUAUUUUAAAUAUUUUAAGUUGGGGAUCUGGUGCCAAUCCAUGGGGACCAGAAAAAGAUGAUCAAUUUUCGAAACCAAAUCAUUAUGAUGGAAUGUUAGAAAUUGUCGGUGUAAAUGGUGUUGUACACAUGGGACAAAUACAGAGCGGUCUUAGCAGUGCAAAACGUAUUGCUCAAGGUGGACAUAUUCGAAUAAAAAUUUUAACCGAUAUGCCAGUCCAAGUGGACGGCGAACCUUGGAUACAAUCACCUGGUGAAGUCGUGAUACUUAAAUCUGCUCUCAAGGCCACAAUGUUGCGUAAAUCAAAAAUGAAACGCCGUAAUACUGAACCAUCAUUACCGGGUGGUUCAGAACCGGGAUCAUCAUCAUCAUCGGUAACCUCAGUAACUUCAACAACAACAACAACAACUGCCACCGAAGUAAUAGGAUCAACUGGUACACGUCGUAUACGUGAAAAAGAUGAAGGAGGAAAACUAGAGAAAAUAUUCUCCGAAACUGAAUGAGCAUAUUCUAAUUUUUUUUGAACAAUUGAUUGAAUCAAACAGAUCAAUCAACAACAUAUGUGUCAUUGAUCGGUUUGAUUCAUUUCCAUUAAUUGUGAUCACAUAUACAUUUUACUUGACCUGACCUGAGAUCAUAUUAAGCCUAAAUCGACAGAAAAAAAACAAACAAACAACAAAGACAAAUUCAAAUCAAGGGAAGGUCAAAUUGAUUCAACCAAUAACUUAACUUGUUUCAUCCAAUUUCAUCAUUAAUUCAUGUGUGUUUGAGUUUGAUCUAAAUUCAUCAUCAUAACAUUUGACUGUCAUUACAUCAUUCAUCCUCAUCAUCAUCAUCAUCAUCAUCAUCAUCAAUGAUAAAUUUCAACAAAAUUCUUAUAAAAAAAACUUGUAAAACUUUUCAAGAAAAGAAGUUAUACUUUGAAAAAUCAGCAAAUUUUUUGUUAAUCAUUUUUCUGUUUCUCUCUCUCUCUCUCUCUCUCUCUUUCGCUUGUUUCGUCUUAAUAUUUGUUGCUGUUUUCUUUCUUUUUCCUCCAAAUACCGCGAUGAGUACAUAACUAAACAACACACACACAUCCAUUUGAUGGUACGGGAUUUAUAUUAUAAACAGACUCACACACACCCCUUCCUUUUUCCUAUAAUAAUAAUGCACAAAAUCCAAUCCUCUCAUGCAUAAAAAAAGUGUCAUUAUAAUUUUCCAAUUAAAUAAUUUGAUUUCAAACGAUGAGAAACAGACACACACACACGCCAAUACAAACAGAAACAUACGGUAUACAUAGAAUCAUCAUCGAAUCAAAAUAUAGAUUUGUCUCAAUGCUUCAACCAAAAUUUUUACUUAAACAGUUGAAACAUUAUUACACACACACACACACACACACACACAUUAUUUCAUCAACAAAAUUAUUUACAUAAAAAAUUACAUCGAUAUAAAUAAGAAGAUAUGCAAAUUUUUCAAUUUAUAUAAAUUGAAUUGCCCCCAUAAAUACCGUUCAAUCUGGUUCCUGUUAACAGACAUGACUAUUGACAAUUUUUUUUCCUGGUUAAAUUCUUUCCUUUUUCACUUUCAAACCUCUUUUAAAUCAAUAACUACAAAAACAAAAUCGUAUUGUUCAACCAAGAAUAUCCGGUGAUAUCAAACAUCAUCAUUUGUAUUUUGGCUGUUUUGAUUUCGUUUUGUUUUUUUUUGUAUUUUUUUCCCAUUGCCAUUAUUCAUUCAUUUGAUGUAUGUUACACGGUUGAUUGACACAUUUACACAAGAAACAAAUAUAAUUGGUUCAAACAUUCGACAUUUUUGUUUGUCGUUAUGUGGGACCCUACUGAUAAUUUUUUCAAUGAAAAAAAAACAAACAAAACAUUACCACCACCACCACCACCACCCCCAAAAUCUUAUCUAAAUCCGUGCUUUUCCCAUUGUUGACAAGUUAUGUGUGUGUAUGUGUGUGUGUGUUAUUAUUAUUAUUGUCAUUUUAUUAUAUAAAAAACAAAAUUUAUGGCUGA